GAAUGUGGUUCAAUAUUUUUAUUUUGGCUGCCAUUAAAAGUAUUGGCCAGGGAUUAGUCUAGAUGACGGAAUAAGGAGUCGAAGGAGUCGCUGAGACGAGGGGAAAAUUGUUGAACUUAAAAAUUACCUGGCUCCUUAGCUAGCUAGGAGUUUCCUUUCAUUCGAAUUGGGUUCAAAAUGAAAGUACGUGUGGCCAAGUGCUGUCUGUUUGUAAAUCUGCGUUUGGCCUGUUUUAUGAUCGCCAUCUUUGACACCUGCGUUCAUAUAGUGAAUCUCCAGAUGUGCAACCAUCCUGUAUUUGACAUUUUGGCUACAUUUGUUUACAUAACUCACGCCUUGGGAUGUUUCAUGCUCGUUCUAAGCGUCAUUAUCGAAAUGUCUCACUUGGUGAUAGUCUAUCUGAUAACGAAUAUCAUGCAGGCUUUGGUCCUCACAGUCAGUAGCUAUUACUGGGUAACAUGUCAGGAGAAUUCCAAAUUCGACAUUUCCGUUGCCAUAUUUAGCAUAUGCAUCAGUAUCUAUUUUUGGAUUGUCGCCUACUCUUAUCUCAGAUUGUGCAAGGAACGUGUAUCAGAUGAAUAUUUUGCUAGUUUCAGUAAAUCUUUCUUGCGAUAAAAGUAUAUUAUUUAA